AUGUCUGAAUCAGAUUAUCAAAGCCUUGGGCGAAGCCCUCUUGGUUUUGCUGGGCCAUUAACGCUCUCGAUGCCUUCUUUCAACUUUUGGUAUUCGAGCUCCUUCUGGCUGUACCUGUUUUUGGGUCUCUGGGUCCACCGCUAUCUCCGUCUCCUAGUCCACUGCGUUAGCCACUGGACAUACAAGUCAAAGCCUAUUCCUGCCAAACCAACAUUUACUAGCAAGGACGUGACUGUUGUCAUCCCUACCAUCCACAAUGCUUUUGAGGAGCUUCGUCCUUCUCUAGAGAGUAUCCUGGCCUGUGAGCCAGCCGAGCUGAUCCUGGUCACAACGCAUGAUAAGCGAAAGGAGCUGCAAAAGUUGGCCGACUCCCUAGUUUUCCCUAAGGUCCGCGUUCUAGACACCCCCAUCGCAAACAAGCGCCUUCAAGUGUGCGAGGCCCUUCCCAAGGUCGAGACCCCCAUCACCAUCAUGGCGGACGACGAUGUGACCUGGCCCUCUACCCUUAUGCCUUGGAUCUUGGCCCCGUUCGAAGACCCUGAAAUCGGUGGUGUUGGAACUUGCCAGCGAGUUCGACGAGAGCACGACGGUUCCUGGUCAACCAAAGCUUGGAACUGGUUGGGUGCUGCCUACAUCGAGCGUCGCAACUUUGAGAUCUCGGCCACACACAACAUCGACGGUGGUACUUCUUGCAUGUCUGGUCGUACCGGCGCCUACCGCUCUGAAAUUCUCUCCAGCCACGACUUUCUUCACGGCUUCAAGAACGAGAAGUGGAGAAAGUGGAUUUUGAAUGCUGACGACGACAACUUUGUGACUCGUUGGCUAGUGAGCCACCAGUGGAAGACAUGGAUUCAGUAUGAGAAGGAGUGCGAGAUUGAGACAACAUUGGAGAACAGCACUAAGUUUCUGUACCAAUGCUCUCGAUGGGCACGAAGCAACUGGCGAAGCAACUGGACCAGUAUGGUUACUGAGCGCUAUAUCUGGAAGCAACAAUUGUGGUGCACAUACGCCCUGCAUUUCGCGACUUUCACUUCGCUGGCCUUCCUUGUUGAUCCGCUUCUCCUCGCUUCAGUCUGGUGGGGAACCGCAGACUGGGAUAUGCAGAACCGCCGAUACGCUUUCUGGUCCCAGUUUGUCUUUAUGUUCGCCUUUACUAAGGUGGUCAAGCUGAUGGGUUUGUUCAUUCGAAACCCCAGCGAUAUUCUGUUCUUGCCUGUUUCUGUCGUAUUUGGAUACUUCCACGGAUUGAUCAAGCUCUAUGCUCUUAUCACUCUGAACAUGACUUCAUGGGGUAGCCGAGCAGAUGGUGAUGCCAACGAUGAGCAGCGACUGGCUCCCGCUCCCCAACCUUCAAUUGUCUUGAAGACUCCUCCUGGAAAGGGCUCGCUUAUUCGCUACAAUGCUCGCCAGAAGGGACGACAACCGCAAGGACAACAAGGCGCAUGGGAGAAGAGCGACUAUGCCGCCUACGAUUCAAGCACAUCACUCGAAGCUGUAUGCGAACGAAACUUCGAUCAGCGGACACUGUUGGGCAAUCUGACCUGGCAACGAAACGAUUUUGAUGAGGCCAUGAGUAACGUUUUCAUUUUUCACAUGGGAAGUUAA